AGCGCGCGCGUGUGCGGCGUGGCUGACCCGGUGCGGUCGGCUCCGUGUGAGAACAAAGUCACCCGCAGACAACGGCUAUGAUCAACAGCGCUGAGGUACUGACGCACGGAACCGCGGCUUCGGCCCGCUGGGCCCCCUGACGGCUCGGGUGGACGAAUAACGGGAACACGGCCGCCACGCUGGACCUGAACGGAGAGCCGUCGUUCUCGCGGCGCCUCGCGGGGCCCAAGCCGUGCAUGAAGCGCGAGAGCAUGGGCCGCUGCGACGGGAGGUGCACGCUGGUGGUCAUCUGCUCGUUACAGCUGCUGGCUGUGCUGCAGAGGCAGGUAUUUGAUUUCCUGGGCUAUCAAUGGGCUCCCAUCUUGGCAAACUUUCUUCACAUCCUGGCUGUUAUUCUGGGAGUGUUCGGGACGGUGCAGGUCCGCUCACGAUAUCUUAUACUGUAUGCAGUGUGGCUAGUCGUUUGGGUUGGUUGGAAUGCUUUUAUUAUCUGCUUCUACCUGGAGGUGGGCCACCUGUCUCAGGAUCGAGAUUUCCUGAUGACAUUCAAUACCUCUUUACAUCGCUCCUGGUGGAUGGAGAACGGGCCUGGUUGCUUAGUUACAACAGUGCCUGACUCCCCUUUGGCUCCACAAGACCAUCAUGUGAUCACGGUCAGUGGCUGCCUGCUGGACUACCAGUACAUAGAGGUGGUCAGCUCUGCCCUGCAAGUGUUCCUCGCACUUUUUGGCUUCGUAUAUGCCUGCUAUGUUAGCAAAGUCUUCCUGGAUGAUGAGGACAGCUUUGAUUUCAUCGGUGGGUUUGACUCGUAUGGGUAUCAGCCCCCACAGAAGAGUUCCCACCUACAGCUGCAGCCUCUUUACACGUAGGGCUGGGUAGGAAGACACGGACGCUCCCGGAGCAGAACCCUUCAGAGAUGCUGUCCUGUGCAUUGUGGGUUACAGUGUAUAGUUCUACAAAAUUGUCCGUGUUUAUCUGAAACUGUCUCCCUCUGCUGGCAGAAAACAUAAACUGCAGCACAGACACUGUGCAUUCAGUGAGUCACUGUGAGAGAAAGCUUGCUGUGGGUGAAAGCUUGUAACUGCCACACCACGUGUUUUACAGUAUGUCUCUGUGUACUUAGACGUUCAAAGUGCACAAACUAUUUAGCAAAUUCGAAAUGCAUAGUUCUGAUUUAUUCCAGUUGUAUGCAGUUCGACUGAAAAAGCCACAGAGCGUUGCAGUCGACUUGGUGUGCUUCCACUUUUUCUUCCUUUAAGAUGUUUUUUUCCCCCCAUUUUUUUGUGUUAAAUGCAUACAAAUUGUCUGAUCAGAAGACAAUGUACAUUUGACCAUGGCCUGUGGGGGAGGAUAAAAAGGCAGGCAAACCAGUAACUGACAAUGCUAUUGUUCUGCCUAUUUGCCUAGGCAUUGUGGGGGAAGAUGUGAGGACUCGAUCCUUUUGCCAUGUGUGCAUUUGUGUGUAUGUUUAGUGUUAUUUGCGGGGAGGAUAACAUUUGACCCAGGUAACCUUUGAACCUUUUUUUCUGAGCUGCUCCUUCAGCUCCUGUGUGUGUGUGUGUGUGGGAGAGAUUUUUUUUUUCUUUAUACUAUGACUUAAGCCAAUACAGUGUAAUGUUUUAGGUGAAAAUUUUAGAUUGGCUAGUUGUGUAGUUGGGGAAUGUCGUAGGAUUUUCUGCAUGUAAAUAUCAAAGAUUGUAGAGAGGAUGUACAUUAGUGCGGCCCUCACUUGAAUGUGCACAAGUAAGUGUCUGUGUGAGUGGACUAAACGUAUGUCAUGGUCCACUCUAGGAUGAAUGUGAGUAGCCAUUAUUGUUUAUUUGUAAACCACUUUACAAUGAAUAUAUAUAUAUAUAUAUAUAUAUAUAUAUAUGUAUGUAUUUGUGUAUAUGGCUGAGGCUGGGAAUAAUGAGACUGUGAGGGUGUGGGAGUUGUUGGAAAAAAAUAAACUCUUUUUAGGAUA